AUUUAUGAUGGCAGGUUUUUUUCAAACUUACAAUCAUUAUUACAAUUACAUUACAAAUUAAAUUAAUUCCAAAAUUCACUCAACUUUGUCCCAAAAUUUCAUCAAACUUCUUCCCCUGAGCAGACCACUGUCUCCGUCUUCUUCGCCGGCCGGAGUUAUCGCAUCUCGCCGGCGCCGCCGUCUGCUUCACGAUCUCUUACCUAACACUAUUACAAAGCCUAAAUAUCAUCACAUCAUUACAUUUUCGUUGUUUCAGACUCUCAGGUUGCAGAAAUCUGUAAUCUAGGGUUUCUAUUUGACGGAGAUUUCAUUGAAUCGUUCUUAGACGGCCGGAAUAAUUACCGGCCCCGUCGUCUGGUUCACGAUCUCAUACGUAACACAGUUACAAACCCUAAGUGUCAUUGCAGCAUUCAGUUUUUGUUGUUUCAGACGUUGACGUUGCUGAAAUCUGUGAGUUAGGGUUUCUGAAUUGAUUGAAUCGUUCUUCGCCGGAAUUCUCACCGGCUCCGUCGUCUGCUUCACGAUCUCAUACCUAAAACAGUUACAAACCCUAAGUAUCAUUACAUCAUUUGUAUUUUUGUUGUUUUAGGCUUUUAGGUUGCAGAAGUCGCUAAUUUAGGGUUUCUAUUCGACGGAGAAUUCAUCGCUUCGUUCUUUGUCGGCUGGAAUUAACCGCCGGCGCCGUCUGGUUCACGAUCUCAUACACGACAGUGAUACAAACCCUAAAUAUCAUCGUAGCUUUCAUUUCUUGUUGUUUUAGGCUUUUAGGUAUUAUCGCAGCAUUCUGUUUCCUUUGUUUCAGACGUUUAGGUUACAGAAAUCUCUGACUUAGGGUUUUGUAUUUGACGGAGAAUUUAUCGAGUCGUCUGCUUCACGAUCUCAUACUGAACACAGUUACAAAACCUAGAAAUCGUUGCAGUAUUCUGUUUCCGUUGUUUCGGAAUUGAAGGAAUCUGUUAGGGUUUUAUGUGACGGUGAAUAUAUCGGAGGGAUGCAAAUCACAGUGAAUAGCGUAGAGAUCAUCAUCAGUUAUGUUCCGUCGUCUUAAAUGGUUCAUAGCUGGUUUCAAUCAACAGAGAACCGUUAAACCGAAAGCCGAUGCGAAGCGAUUGUCGCUGCCGAGGGAACGUUAUCGGAAUCGGAAGUCAAUGUUGGAGGCUGUUCACGAAGUUGCGAUUUAUAUUCAUAGGUUUCAUAACCUAGACCUGUUUCAGCAAGGGUGGUACCAGAUCAAGAUUACCAUGAGAUGGGAAGAUAGUGAGUAUGCAUCUUUUGUGGGUACUCCUUCAAGGGUGGUUCAGUAUGAUGCUCCUGAUCUUGGUUCUGAUGAUGUCUUGGGGGUUUGGAAGAUUGAUGACACGGACCAUAGUUUUUCAUCGCAGCCUUUCCGGAUUCGAUAUGCAAGGCAGGAUAUUCUUCUAUCAGUCAUGAUAUCUUUCAACUUCUCUCUUGGUAAAUUUGAGGGUCCAAUCACGUCUGCUGUAAUUCUAAAAUUUGAGCUCCUGUACACACCUGUUUUGGAAAAUGGCUCCAAUAUGCAGGACUCUUUAAAUGUUGCUCCUGCUGCCGUUCAUGAAUUCAGAAUUUCACCAAAGGCUCUUCUUGGAUUGCAUUCAUAUUGUCCUGUUCAUUUUGAUGCUUUUCAUUCUGUGCUUGUUGAUACGAGUGUCCACAUCAGCUUGUUAAAAGGAGGUGUUCAUACUAUGAAGAAACACAGCAGCAAUUCUCAUAGUAAUGAAGAUGCUGCCAGUGAGAAGUAUGACAAGAGAAAUCAAGUCUUGCUUGUGAAGGCAUUUUUAACUUCUCGUGCAAUUCUACUUCAAGAGCUACGGAAUCUUAGUAAGGCAAUUAAUGAAACAAUUGAUUUGACUGGUUUGACUUCCCAACAUGAUGAGACAAAUGCAUUGACUGCUUUUACGGAAGUGGACAUGGAAAAUGUUUCUAAGAUCCCAAACGAUACCGUUGAUUUCUCUAGUGAAUAUCUGUAUUCUCUCCAAAACGACGAACUGUACCGUCUUUUCCAUUCAAUUGGAGAUCAGAUUCUCUACUUAUGGAGCACAUUUCUAAAGUUCCACAGGGCAAAUAAAACAAAGAUAUUGGAUCAUUUGCGUAACUCAUGGGCUAUCGAUCGGAGAACCGAAUGGUCAAUAUGGAUGGUAUACUCUAAGGUUGAGAUGCCAAAUCAAUCUACCCUAACUGAGAUUGAUGACUCAACAUACCACACUUUACGUGGUAAAGUGCCUGUUCCCAGGAAGAUAACCGAAGAUCCUUCACAGGCUGCAGCAACGAGGGCUGAGCUCCACAGGCGUAGUAUUGCACAGAUGAGGAUAAAUAAUCGUUCAAUUCAAGACCUUCAGAUUUUUGGAGAUCCCUCACAUAUACCUAUCAUAAUCGUGGAACGUGUAGUAAACGCACCAUUGCUUUCACAGAGUGGAAAUACUUACUUCAGAAACAUGGACCCAAAAGAUACAAACGGGGUGCUUCCACAGAUUGACUCAAGUUUCUCUAGCAAUAAGCAAAAGGGUCGUAUUUUGAAGAUUGCUGUUUUCGUUCAUGGUUUUCAAGGACAUCAUCUGGAUUUACGUCUUGUCCGGAAUCAAUGGCUUCUAAUAGAUCCAAAAGUUGAGUUUUUAAUGUCGGAAGCUAACGAAGACAAAACUUCUGAGGACUUCAGGGAUAUGGGGUUAAGACUUGCCAAAGAAGUCAUUGCUUUUGUUAAAAAGAAGAUGGAUAAAGCCUCGAGGUCCGGUACCUUAAAAAAUGUAAAGCUUAGCUUUGUUGGACACUCCAUUGGAAACGUGAUUAUAAGAACCGCAUUGGCAGAGAGCAUCAUGGAGCCAUACCAUAGGUACCUGCAUACAUACGUUUCUGUAUCGGGCCCACAUUUAGGUUAUCUCUACAGUUCCAAUUCUCUUUUCAAUUCUGGAUUAUGGCUGUUGAAGAAGCUUAAAAACACCCGUUGCAUUCAUCAGCUGACUUUCACUGAUGACAUAGAUCUCGAGAAUACCUUCUUCUACAAUCUAUCCAAGCAAAAGACUUUGGAAAGUUUCAAAAACAUAAUCCUGCUAUCAUCUCCUCAGGACGGUUACGUUCCAUACCAUUCUGCUCGAAUCGAGAUGUGCCAAUCAUCAUCGGUGGACUACUCAAGAAAGGGCAAAAUAUUCCACGAAAUGCUCAACAACUGUUUGGAACAAAUGCACGCUCCAUCUUCAGAACAACGCACGUUUAUGAGAUGUGAUGUUAAUUUCGAUGCUUCAUUGCAAGGAAGAAACUUAAACACAAUAAUCGGACGAGCUGCUCAUAUCGAGUUCUUGGAAACCGACAUUUUUGCAAAAUUCAUAAUGUGGUCUUUUCCAGAACUGUUCCGUUGAUCCGUAUGGGAAAUGUUCACACGUCACGAGCUAACACUAAUGGUCAAAGAUGGUCAAUGCCAACUUCUGUUAUGGAUAAAGGGUGGGUUAAACUGUUAAAGACAAGUUGGUGAUGACAACAUGUGUGCCGAUGCAUGACAUUUGUAUAUUAUCAUGUUAGAAGGCUGCAAACUGCUUUUAAGGUAGGUGGUUAUAAUUUUUAUGACCCAGUUUUAUAUUUGAAGUUAUAAUGUAGAUUUUCAGUUAUAAUUCUACACAGGUAGAAGUUUUAGGUGUCCAGGACCCUGUACUUUAUGUAGGUAAUGGAUAGGAAUGACUAUAGAUAAGAUGAAUAUCAAGUGUUUCUUCAUGAAUUUCUAGUCUUUUUUUUUGCAAUUUUUGAAAACUUAUUUUGGUUA